CGGUAGCUAUGAUUCCCGUCACUCGCGCCGGCUCCUCUGUCUCUGCUCCCCUCUUCGUCUUUUCUUUCUUAAUAAUUAAUUAAUUUUUAAUUAAUCUCAUUAAUGACUCUCUGAUUAAUCUCCUCUCUUCUUCUUCUUCCUUUAUCUAUUCUCUUUUCCUGCCAUUUUCUCUUGUUUUUCUUAGAUAAAUUUACUACCAUGAAGUCUUUAACAUCGAACAUCAAAUACUCCAAUUAAGGAAAGACCGACCCAGGUAAGAAAUGCUGCCAUUCUUCUUUGACUCCAAAUGGGCGUUUCCUUUCGCUCUUUCUUCUCACUGCCACUACCCUUUUCGCCCACUAUUUUCCCAUCUCUCUUCGUUCCGAGCUCAGGCCAACUUUUUUCAGCUGCAUAUAAAAUAUUGUAGAAUAGUAAUGGCGGUUUUUUGGUUUCUUUUCUUCUCCUUCACUUUCGCAUUCUCUCACGCUGAUACAACCGCCAUUUCAGCUGACCUGCUCUCUCUCCUUAGCUUCAAGUCCUCCAUUUCUCGCGAUCCUUCCACUCUCCUCUCUAACUGGAACUUAACUGUCAACCACUGCACCUGGAACGGCGUUACCUGUCACCACCUCUCCGGCAGAGUAACCGCUCUCAACUUCUCCUUCAGCGUCUCGUCAUCCCGGGCUCUCUAUGGGACACUCAAGGAGUCAAUCGGGAACUUGACGGAGCUCCGAGCUUUAUCCUUAGCUAACAAUGGGUUCUCCGGGGAGAUCCCCGCAAAUAUCGGCCAGCUCCAGUUCCUGGAGGUUUUGGAGCUUCAAGGUAGCAACUUCUCCGGUCACAUUCCUUACCAGAUAAGCUAUCUGCAAUCUCUUCGACUGCUUAACUUGUCUCGUAAUUCGCUCUCUGGUUCUAUACCCGAUAAGCUGAUUGGCAAUGGAGGGUUGAGAGUUAUCGAUUUGUCGUAUAAUCUUCUUUCCGGUGAGAUUAGGAUCGACGUUAACAGUAAAUGCGAGUUCUUACAUCACUUAAAGCUCUCUUACAACUUUCUGGUGGGGAACAUCCCACCUGAGAUCGGGAAAUGCGAGAAUCUAGGUGACAUUGAUGACCCUGUCAUUUCCCAUGAUUUUAGUUGGAAUAGGUUUAUUGGUUCAAUACCUUUAUUCUCAGUAGGCGAUGGGAUCUUGGUUAAUAGUCAUGCAUUGUCUUAUAGAUUGUUGCUCAAUAAUAAUAUGCUUAAUGGGUCACUUCAAGCUGAUCUGCUUUCAAAAUGUGAUGAUAUGGUGAGUUUCUCAGUUAAUUUAAGUGCAAACCAGAUAUCAGGUGAGAUUCAUGAGGUGUUACCUCUUGGCUGUAUGAAGCUAAUCGAACUUGAGGCAGCAGAAAAUCAGAUACAUGGAUUGGUUCCUCCUGAUAUUGACAAGUUGAAGAUGCUUCAACGGCUGAACUUAAGGGGAAACAGACUGUCUGGAGCUCUCCCUGGUCAGUUUGGACUUUUGAAAAAUCUGAAAUGGGUUUUUCUUGGAGGGAACAGUUUAACUGGAGAAAUUCCUUCUCAAAUUGGCCAGUUGGAUUCUCUUAUUGUUUUAGAUCUUUCUCAUAAUGCUCUAACAGGAUACAUCCCUGCAAACUUGACAAAUGCAAAAAAUCUUAAAGUUGUGUUACUAGACCACAAUAAGCUUUAUGGUGAAGUGCCUUCGUCGUUUUCCUCACUUUCCGAUCUUUCUAUACUGGAUGUUUCCUACAAUAACCUCUCUGGUCACAUACCUCAACUUCAGCAUCAGGAUGACUGUGGUUUCUUCAAAGGAAAUAGAUAUUUGGAUCCUUGCCCUGAACAAUCCUCUGCUUCAUCCACACUUCCAGUCCCACUUGACAUUCAGAAGCAACGGCGUCAGAGAAAAUUGAAAUAUCUUGUAGUGGCAGUUGCAACCUCUUCUGUCAUUGUGCUUUGCAUACUCCUAUUGGUAGUUGUCAUCAUUUUUCUUCGAAAGAGAAAGUUUGGCAGACUUGCCAGCCUAAGAGGAAAAACGUUGGUGACCUUUGCAGAUGCUCCAGUUGAACUGGAUUAUGAUAGUGUGGUUAGAGCUACAGGAAAUUUCAGCAUCCGGAACUUAAUUGGUACAGGUGGCUUUGGGUCAACUUAUAAAGCAGAACUGAUCCCAGGUUACUUAGUUGCAGUGAAGAGGUUGUCCAUUGGUCGAUUUCAAGGCCUUCAACAAUUUGAUGCAGAGAUAAGAACGCUAGGAAGAAUUCGACAUAAGAAUCUUGUAACCCUAAUUGGGUGUUAUGUUGGGGAAGCUGAAAUGUUUUUAAUCUAUAAUUAUCUUUCUGGUGGAAACCUUGAAACUUUCAUCCAUGAAAAAUCGGGCAAAAAUUCAGAGUGGUCAGUGAGUCACAAGAUAGCUAUGGACAUUGCACAAGCUCUUGCUUACCUCCAUUAUACAUGUGUUCCCCGGAUUGUUCACCGGGACAUCAAGCCUAGUAAUAUUUUGCUUGAUGAAAAGCUUAAUGCCUACCUUUCAGACUUUGGAUUGGCUAGGCUUUUAGAAGUUUCAGAGACCCAUGCCACUACAGAUGUAGCAGGCACAUUCGGGUAUGUGGCACCAGAAUAUGCAACAACAUGCAGGGUUUCUGAUAAGGCUGAUGUUUAUAGCUUCGGAGUUGUGCUAUUGGAGCUGAUAUCAGGGAAAAAGUCCCUUGAUCCGUCUUUUUCUGAGUAUGGAAAUGGGUUCAACAUUGUUGCAUGGGCCAGGUUGCUGAUCAAGGAAGGACGUUCUUCUGAGGUUUUCUCACCAGAAUUGUGGGAAGCAGGACCAGAGGAAAAUUUAUUGGGAAUGUUGAGGCUUGCAUCAGUCUGCACAGUAGAGAUGCUCCCCAUUCGUCCAUCUAUGGAUCAGGUACUUGAGACAUUGAAGCAGUUGAAACUCUGAGAUCAUCAAAAUUUACUGCAGGCAAUAUUUAAGCGGGAGCUGCCCGUAUCUACAGCAUAUUAUUUGCAAGAUUGUUGCAGGCUGCAGCGACCACCUGCUCAUGGAAUUCAUGUGGCUGGUAUCCUCACCAAGUGAUCCUCCGGGUUCUGGCCGAGGUAGCAGAUUAGAACUGAUCAAAGACUGAUAAGAUAGUAAAACAAAUGCUCAGCAACUUGAUCUGUAGAAUGCAAAACCACCGGCUAGUCGGAAAUUCGAACCAUUUCUGGGCAAUGUAGUGGUGAUUACUUGCUCAAUGUUGCCUGAGUUUUACUAGCACAGUGCUUGUGAAUUCAACAACUCCAAGCUAGCCUCUGUAGAAAUAUUGCAUGUAGGCAAAAGAAAUUCAUUUUUUUGAUUCAUUUUUCAGUUCUUAAGUUAUGGACAAUUUAACCUGAAGUGCAUUACUGAGAUCAAUGAGUCAACUUGUUUCAA